CCCGGCCUGGCCGGUUCCCACAGACGCUGUCCCUGCCCGUGGUGGUGAUCGUGCACGGGAGCCAGGACAACAACGCCACGGCCACCGUGCUCUGGGAUAACGCCUUCGCCGAGCCGGGCCGGGUCCCGUUCGCCGUGCCCGAGAAGGUGCUGUGGCCCCAGCUGUGCGAGGCGCUCAACAUGAAGUUCAAGGCCGAGGUGCAGAGCAGCCGGGGGCUGACGAAGGAGAAUUUGCUCUUCCUGGCGCAGAAGCUCUUCAACAGUAGCAGUGCCCAGCUGGAGGAGUACAGCGCCAUGGCCGUCUCCUGGUCCCAGUUCAACAGGGUGAGCCGCGCC